CUUAUAUCUGACAACCAUUUACGGCAGCCCAGCUGUCUAUUUUGCCUUGCCUUCUUUCCCCUCCUUCCUUCUCUUCCCUUUCUCUACUUUCAUCGCCACCUCAACUCUCAAGCCUCCCCGUUACCACCACUACUCACCUUCUUAUCCCCCCGAGUAGACUGGGAUUCGUUAGUCUGUGGGGUUAUCCCGCAUUCAUCAUCGUUCAAGUCUGUCGUCAUUAUUUUGCUCUUGAGCCCCACGUCCUAACGACCCUAGCGGGAGCUUAAAGUUGAGCCUCCAACAUGGCUUCAUCCAUUCUAUUCGCUCCUUGCCCACCUCUGACCCAGCUGGUUAAACCCUAUGCCGCCAAGAUCGGUUUACACUCACUCCCGUUUCACAUCCACCAAGUAAUAGCAGCAGUCGUAGUAUACAGCCUCAUCUACGUUGUUAUCUCACCCAUACUCUCCUCCAUCUUCUCGGAAACCUACCGCAACUUCGACAAACGGACGAGGGUCAACUGGAAUGUGCAUGUUGUCUCCUUUGUCCAGAGCAUCUUCAUCUGCGCCCUAGCGAUAUGGGCCGCCUGCAAUGACCCGACGCGGGAUGCGUGGAGCACGGAUAGUGUUGCGAUAUUGAAACGAACUUUUGGGCACAGUAAAACUCAAGGUGCCGUUCAAGCCUACGCAGAAGGGUACUUUAUUUGGGACCUGUUUAUAAGCGCAUGGCAUUUGGAUAUUUUUGGGCUCGGGUUUCUGGCACACGCCGCCAGCGCCGUGAUGGUUUUCAGCUUGGGCUUUAGACCUUUUGUUAACUACUGGGCAUCCGUAUUUGUGCUGUUUGAGAUUUCUAGUCCAUUCCUCAAUAUUCACUGGUUCUGUGAUAAAACAGGAAGGACCGGAUCACUUAUCCAACUGGUCAACGGCUUUUUCCUUUUAACUAGCUUCUUCUGUUGCCGUCUCAUCUGGGGAACCUGGAAUGCAUUCUUGGUCUUUGGUGACCUCCACACUCUCUACAACAACCCUCCCGCGCCAGUACUACCCCCAUCGGACGAUAGCCUUAUCCAUCUGGACCAUCUCGAAACAGAUAAAAUCGUUGCCUACCUAUUCGCCGGAAAGAAUCUCCCAUUAUGGCUCAUCAUGGUUUACCUCGGCUCAAACGCCAUCCUGAACCUGCUAAACUAUUACUGGUUCUACCGCAUGAUCCAGACCGUCAGCGCAAGGUUCACAAAGGACAAGCCGGUCAAGAAGGAGAAGAAGGAGAAGAAGGAAAAAAAGGAAAAUACUGAGGUGGAUGCGGACGGAAAGGUCUGGGUCGAGGGGACGGAUGUGAACGUUGGAACUACAGCGGCGGUCACGAAGGAGAAGCUGAAGAAGAGAACUGUCACUAGACAGGCAUAAGACUGCUUUCCUUUUCCCCUUGAAAUGAAGAGUGAGAGCCCCCCUGUUAUUUCCUCCUUCCUUCCUUUUGCGAUUUCUUCUUUCCCCUCCCUUCCUUCCUUUCCCCCCUCUCUUCUCCCUUAUUAAACCCUUCGCUUCGAGCCAUGUAUAAGAUAGAUACCAUUUCGUGAAAUCAUGGAAAACGCGAAUGGACGGGAACAGCCGGUAGCUGGUUGGUUGGCUUGUGGAACUGGGCCGGGAACGUUUGUUUGUUUGCUAGUCGGGCAGGGGGAGGCUUUUUUUCUCUCCUCCUUUUUAGGAGUCUGUCGUUUUGCUGUUUUUCUCUCUCUUCGCAGGCGUGAUCUGGCUGUUUUCUCUGUGUGCGUUCAAUGUGCUGUACUGUCAUUUGAUUUAUUGAUUUGAAUUUCCGUGUA